GCGAGCCCGCUGGACUUUGCCGCGAUGAGCUCGGCCACCUUCGGCUGCCGACCGGCCCCGGACGACCUCCUCGACCCGUCGGCUGCCCGCGCCGCCGACCCCGCGGCUGGGAAGCAGUCCGUCUACCUGGGCCUGGACACGACGCUGCCCGACGUCGACGCCGAGCGGAGGGAGGAGAUCCGCAAGAAGUACCCGCACUUCCCAGACAUCUACGACCAGUCUGCGCUGCGUCGGGAGUACGUGGUUCGGCUUCCACGGUGGGUCGAGGACUGGGCGAACGCGAACCUCAUCAGGGAUCCUCGAGAUACGAUCAUGCUCUCCGCCCUGGCCAACAUGUUUAUGUGCACAGGGAGCCUUAGCGUGGUGCUAUUCCUCGUCCCAUCCCACAUGCUGGGAUUGCUUGUCGUACUAUUAAACUCUGGCAUGUGGUUGCAGCGAUUCAUUCUCAUGAUGCACUACUCCGACGGAUCCAUUGUUCAAGUCGGACAUCGCUUCAGGCUUUCUCCGGUAUUUGAUGCCGUGGAUCGUGGCGCCUUUCUACGGCAUUCGGCGGCGCGGAAUAGGAUGGUGCGGUGGAGGUGGCCUUGUAAGAAGGCACGGGUCUUCGUAGAAUUUUAUGUGUCUUCUUCUGAGAAGUCUUGUUAG